GUUAUUCACAAAAUGGCAUUUCUGAAGUUUCAUGUGUGAACGCGUCAUGUUUUCUUAGAACGCGCAUUGAUGACACAAAUCCUGUCGUAUAUGAAGAAGUUAUAUUUGGCCUCAACACUUAAGGCUAGCUUCGAAGCAUUAGCUUGUUACUCUUUUAAACUAGCCAGCUGUAGUGAAACAACGAUCCAUGGAGGAUCGUAGAUGACUGUGGCGGUGCGUUUACCAUGGGGGCCAUCGGUGGUGGCGUCUUCCAGUCUGUCAAAGGCUUCCGGAAUGCACCUGUGGGUGUGCGACACAGGCUGAAAGGCAGUGCUAAUGCUGUGAGGUUCAGAGCUCCACAGAUAGGAGGUAGCUUCGCCCUGUGGGGGGGGAUGUUCUCCACCUUCGACUGCGGCCUGGUGCGUCUCCGGGGGAAGGAAGAUCCCUGGAACUCCAUCACCAGCGGGGCCUUGACCGGGGCAGUGCUGGCGUCUCGCAGCGGGCCGCUGGCGAUGGUGGGCUCAGCAGUGAUGGGUGGGAUUCUGCUGGCUCUGAUCGAGGGCGUUGGGAUCUUGAUCACCAGAUACACAGCACCACAGUUUCAGAACAUGAGCCUUCCUGUGGACGAUCCCAGCCAGCUGCCCCCAAAGGACCCAAACCAUUAGGGGGACCGUGGGUUCGGACAGUACCAGGAGAACAUAAGCUCGACACCCAGCCUGGGCCUGUCUGCCCGACCCAGUCAGCCUGACAGGAAGUCAGGGGUGGGCACAGAGACAGUGGCCCAUCUGGGCCACCGUAGGGACUUCCUCCAAGUGAUCUAAAGCCACUUUUUCAGUACAGGGAUCUUAAUAGACACGGACGGAUUGUGCAAUAACUUUGAUAAGUGUGUAUGGAUUGGGGGUUGCACUGGUUAGUACUUUAUAUUUGUGUAGCAGGUAUUAUUGUCCAGUGUGUGUUUCAUCUCAGUUUGUCAGGAGGGCAAUUCAUCUUCAAGCUUAAAUCCGACCUGGGUCAAAUACGUAAUUGUUUUAGAUUCAAUUACUUUCUACGCUUCACUGAGCUUGUCUGGUGUAUUGGAACCUAUGAAAUACUCUCGAAGUGCAAACUCUGCCAGACAAGAUCAAUCAAGAAAGGUAUUUUGAUUCCAAAACAAUUACGUAUUUGAUUUACCCAGCUCUGAUACAAUACAAGUAUUGAUCCAAGGUAAAGCCUGGUCAUUACGUCAUUUAGACUCUGGAGCCAUGUAUGUACGAAGAAAAUAAUGACUGCAUCCAUUUAUACUUCCCACAUCAUUCGCCACUAAACAUCUGGCACUGCAUCAUAGGGUUUUCACCGUUGUGUUUGAUUUCAAGUGAAUCUGAGGUGUGAUGAUCUAUGCAACAUUCUUGUGAAAGAACAAUUUAAGAGCACCUUUAAAACCGGAGCAGUGUUGUUGCCGGUUUGUGUUCUGCUAUCCAAAACAUUUAUUUUGCUGCCAGCUUUGAAUCUCUUGUCCCAAUAUACUCAUUCUGCCCUGGUCUCAGAUCUCAGAAGGGUCUGGGUCUCCCCCUAGCACCCCCCCUCCCUAUUUAUUCCCUUCUCUAUAUUUCUCUUCUCUCUAGUAUUUUUCCUCUCUCUCUUUUGGCUUUUGUUUGUAAAAAACAGGACCAGCUGAAUUUAGAGUGUAAAGUGUACAUAUGUUUAUCAGUGGAGUGUAAAAAUAUGUAUUGAUGUAGUUUUU